GACUUUGUGUUGCAAACUUUCAUCGAACUCAGCAAGGAUGGCUGGUCGGUUUGUACCGACAGGCGAGUUGCUGCAAGUGUGGAGAAGAUGGUGUCGUAUGCAUCAGUGGAAUCGAUUGGCUGCCUGUUGAAGACCUUUACCAAGGAACUACAUUCCCUCUUCAACACCAAAUUUGCCCACCAUGUCCUUCAUGCUGCUCUUUGGCAUUGUGCCUUUCAUCCGGACCUUCGCCAAGACGAGCUUAUUUCUUCCUGUGUUGCUGACUAUCUUGACUUUAUGUGGGACAAUUAUGCCAUCUUUCUGCAUCAAUCUCAUGCCUCACCAGCCUUGAGGGUCUAUCUGCAACUCCUCUCCGGAGUAAUCAUUCCGAAAUCGCCUCAUACAGGGCUAUAUGAAGUGGAUAAGGUUGCUAUCAUUGAACCACUUGAUUCAACCUACAAAGAUAGAAUCACUGACUUGACAAAUAAAUUCCUCCUCUCGGAGUCAUUAAAUGCUUUCGUUGUAGACCCCAUGUCUGGUGCUUUUUUACAGACUCUAAUCAUUAUCUGCUGGAAACGGUUAGAAGGGGAUUUUGAGGCUGUCUGCUCGAAUAUCUUGCGCAGAUCACAACUCUUGAAAAUAUCUGAUAAUGCUGAAGUUAUGAAGGUGGAUGAAAAACAAGAAAUCCGAUCGCUCAUCAAACUAUCUCAUCCUCUUGUUUUUGUCUUCGCUGUUGCCUAA